AUGGAGCAGCCUGUGGAUAAAGAGACAGCUAAGGCCCAAUUCCGCUCAUCUCGUCUAUCUUGGAGCAACCAAGCCGAACACAAACUGAAACAAGAGCUGAGCGAUAUCGCUAUCGCUAAAUGCCACAGCGUCGCGGAGAAAUUUGCUGAAUGCGCCAAGGCCAACGGUCUCAUGGUUGUCUUCAAGUGCCAGGACCACAAUAAGGCCUUAAAUGCCUGUUUACAUCAGUAUACGAAUGAUGAACAGUUUGAAAUGUAUCGUCAGAAGCGUGAGAAGAGUAUGACCGAGGAGAAGAGCAACAACAAAAUGUAG